AAAACCCCCAACUUCCUUUGCCCUUCCGAGCCAUGGCUUCAACCACCAACACCUUGCUCUCUUCUAACUUUUUUGGGACUAGAAUCCUACACUCUCCUCCAACCCCAAAAACCACCUCCAGAUGCACAUCAGCACCAAUUCCUCUGCCCUUCUUCUCCAAGAGAAACCUUUUUACCACCAAAAACAUUUUCAACCAGAAACCCAAUUCCGAGCCCCUCAAAUCCGCAACAUCCCAAGCCACUUUAGCUGCCUUACUCUUCUCUUCAGUCACUUCACUCACCCCACAAGCCCUAGCCUUAGACGCCACACCCACCCCCACACCCCCACCUGUUCUCCAAGCCCAGCCUACCAAACCCAACGCCUCCUCCCCUUUUUCUCAGAAUCUCCUCGUUACAGCCCCCAAACCCCAAUCCCAGGCCGCCACUGAUCUCCCUGAAGGCAGCCAAUGGCGCUACAGCGAUUUCUUGAACGCAGUCAAGAAGGGCAAGGUCGAAAGAGUCAGGUUCAGCAAGGACGGUUCUGGCCUCCAGCUCACUGCCGUGGAUGGCCGACGAGCCUCCGUCAUUGUUCCCAAUGACCCGGACCUUAUCGAUAUUUUGGCCAUGAACGGCGUCGAUAUUUCAGUGUCCGAGGGCGAUUCGGGCAAUGGAUUGUUCAAUUUCAUCGGGAACUUGUUGUUCCCAAUCUUGGCCUUCGCGGGAUUGUUCCUCCUUUUCCGGCGAGCGGGAGGUGGUCCCGGAGGGCCUGGUGGGCUUGGUGGGCCUAUGGACUUCGGAAGGUCCAAAUCCAAAUUCCAAGAAGUUCCAGAGACGGGGGUGAGUUUCUCUGAUGUAGCUGGAGCAGACCAAGCAAAGCUGGAACUGCAGGAGGUGGUUGAUUUCUUGAAGAACCCAGAUAAGUACACUGCCCUUGGAGCCAAAAUCCCAAAAGGCUGUCUUUUGGUGGGUCCACCUGGUACCGGCAAGACCCUUCUGGCUCGGGCCGUGGCCGGCGAGGCUGGGGUGCCGUUUUUCUCUUGCGCAGCUUCAGAGUUCGUGGAAUUGUUUGUGGGAGUGGGUGCGUCGAGAGUGCGGGACUUGUUCGAGAAGGCCAAGUCGAAAGCGCCGUGCAUUGUGUUCAUUGAUGAGAUUGAUGCGGUGGGGAGGCAGAGAGGAGCAGGUAUGGGAGGUGGGAAUGAUGAGAGGGAGCAGACCAUUAAUCAGCUGUUGACGGAGAUGGAUGGCUUUUCGGGUAAUUCCGGUGUCAUAGUUUUGGCGGCUACCAACCGGCCGGAUGUUCUUGAUUCGGCCUUGUUGAGGCCCGGUAGGUUUGACCGACAGGUGACCGUGGACAGGCCUGAUGUUGCUGGGAGAGUUAAGAUACUGCAGGUGCACUCUAGAGGGAAGGCACUAGCAAAGGAUGUGGACUUUGAAAAGAUUGCAAGGAGAACACCUGGUUUCACGGGGGCUGAUCUGCAAAACCUGAUGAAUGAAGCUGCCAUUCUUGCAGCCAGACGCGACCUCAAAGAAAUAAGUAAAGAUGAGAUCUCUGAUGCUCUGGAGCGAAUAAUUGCUGGACCUGAGAAGAAAAAUGCUGUGGUCUCAGAAGACAAGAAGAAAUUAGUCGCCUACCAUGAGGCCGGGCAUGCUCUUGUUGGUGCUUUAAUGCCAGAAUAUGAUCCUGUAGCUAAGAUAUCCAUCAUCCCUCGUGGCCAAGCCGGUGGUCUAACCUUCUUUGCUCCAAGUGAAGAGAGACUCGAGUCUGGACUGUACAGUAGAAGCUACCUGGAGAAUCAAAUGGCUGUUGCCCUUGGUGGAAGGGUUGCCGAAGAAGUUAUCUUUGGUCAGGAAAAUGUGACAACAGGGGCAUCAAGUGACUUUAUGCAAGUUUCAAGGGUGGCAAGGCAGAUGGUUGAGAGAUUUGGGUUCAGCAAAAAGAUCGGACAAGUUGCUAUCGGUGCUGGUGGUGGCAAUCCCUUCUUAGGUCAACAGAUGUCGUCCCAAAAAGAUUACUCCAUGGCAACUGCUGAUAUUGUGGAUGCAGAGGUAAGGGAGUUGGUAGAGAAAGCUUAUUCAAGGGCCACGCAGAUCAUCACAACCCACAUCGAUAUCCUCCACAAACUAGCCCAGCUCCUCAUGGAGAAGGAAACUGUUGAUGGUGAAGAGUUCAUGAGCCUCUUCAUUGAUGGGAAAGCUGAGCUAUAUGUUGCGUAGUUGGGACACUCGAGCAAAUUCAUGUAUUAUCAGUCAGCGUAAAAAUGUUGUAUUAUAAAGUUCAUAUACACAAUUACACAUUACGAACCAAUUAAUUUUUUAAUGAAAUUAGGAAGCAAAAUAAUGGCACAAUAGUUGGACUGAAA